AUGAAUAGAAAGCAAACUUUAUUUGGAAAGGUUAAUUUCCCAUAUGACCAAGGACAAGAUAAAUCAAAUCAACCAAAACGCUUAGCUCACGAAAUUACUGAUGUAAAUGAGGAAGUUGAAAAAAUUAUUGCAAAUACUGAUUCAAAAAAGCUUGCAGAUAAAAUCAGAGCACUUAACAUCGAUGAAGAAAUUGUCAACGAUACCAUUGUAGGAAUUUUAGAAUCUGAUUCCGAACUUUUUGUCAAUCUUUCUCAAUGUAUUACUUCAUUCGAAAGAGAGUUUGCAGAAUUCCCACAAAAAAUCGAUAGUUUGCUUAGCAUAGUUUCCGAGAUAUCAAGUUUACCAGUUCCAACUAUCGAUGAUAUUCCUUUACCACCAGAAUUGAAGAAAUCAGAAAUUCUUGACCAGCCUGCAUGGCUUGUGAACGCACCAUUAAUGUAUGAUGCAUUACUUCAGCAGCACCGCAUUGAAGAUUCCGUUGCUCUUGUUGUUAAAUGCCAAAAUUGUCAUGAACACAACAUUCCAUCAGUUUCUGAAUGGAUUGAUCAUACUCGUGCUGAACUUAAAGCAGAAAUACAUAAUCGACUUUCAAAUCUUCCAAUUAAUGGACAAGAAGCCCGUAAUGAAAUAAAUCAACUCAAAGACCUCGGAUUUGAGUCAGAUUCGAUGCCUCUUUUCCUCAAACUUGCAUCAAAAUCUCUCGCCAAGAAGAUGCCUCAAUUCAAAGAGACAGCACAAUUUAUUCCUUUCAUAACUAAGUCAACGCAAGUUCUUUGCCAAGAAAUAAUUACUACAAUGGAGUCAUUCUUCGCAUUAUUCGGUAACGAUAACAUCGCUUGCCUCACAGAUUGGGUUACUCAAGAAGUUUCACAAAAAUUACCAAUUUACAGGAACGACAUCAUGCCAGGAAAUUUUGCUUUCAUGCGCGAAGCUGUAAAAAUUACUCAGAAUGAGCUGAAAGUACUUUCCGACCAUGGUGUUUCUUUACUUCAAUUAUUUGCUGACAUGCCACACAGAUUUGCGGAACUUCUUGAACUUAGCCAGCAGCAGAAUGUCGCAGAGAUCAAUGCUACCAUCUCAGAAGAUAGUUUCGAUGCUCAGCCACCUAAAAAAGGAAAAAUUACUUUAUUGGAUUAUCCAAGCAGCAUCAGUUUCGACAAAUUCAAGAGCCAUCUUGACCAGUUCAUGAAAGACUUCGAGUUCCUCUACGAUCCAUCCAUCUUCUUCGAUUGCGACACCCAAAUUAACACCGUUUUGCUUUCUUACGGCGAAAUGUGCAUUGAUUUGCUCGAAUCCCUCGAGGAAGAAGAAGACACGGAUGAUAUCGAUGCAUUCGCAAUGUUUAGAUCCAUUUCCGUCCAACUUUCCAAAGUAUCAACUUAUUUGUUACCAGAAGUUAUGAAAGCUUUCAGAAGAGUGACUUAUUAUGAAUCACCAACCAAGAAACAGACCGAAGAAGCUUGCCACAAGGCAAUUGACACUGUUUGCACACUUCAUGUGAAAUACUUCUUCAAUGCAUGGAACGCAAGCAUCGGAGAUGUAUCCAGUCCUUUCCUAAACUUCCAAUGGGAGUCAACAAACGAUGUAGAUGACCAAUUUGAGCCAGCAUUGAACAGAAUUUCGGAAUUCAUUGACAGUUUGAGACUCCCGACAGCAAUUUAUGACAAGACACUUUGUAUAUUCUUGGAUCAGUUGUUAAUUGCUGUUAAAGAUGCUGGAAGAUUCAUUGAAGACGUUUCGAUGUUAAAUUCUUUCGAUUUCCACUGGACAUUGUUCUCACAAUUGCUUAAAGAACAAUUCCCAAGAGAAGCAAUGGACCAAUUCACUGCAAAUGUUCGUUUAAUCGAAAAAGAUAUUUGCAGAACUAAUUUCAUCAACGAAAACGAGACAAUGACACCAAUGAUGAUGAUGAGAGCAGUUAAGGCUUUCAUUGAAGCUGACCAAGAAGAGGAAGAAGAAGAAACAAAGAAAUAG